AUGGCGGCGGCUGCUUUCAUACGUCCCUACAAGCCCUCAGACUUUGCUGCAACGGCGCACAUUUGCCGGGCGACCCUGCCCCCAGGCCUGGCCGAGUCGGAACCGGCCGUCCGCCUCGCGCCUUAUAUAUGGACUCACCAGUACACGCUGCUCUCGCCUUCGACCUGCUUCGUGCUGGACGACGGGUCGGGCGAGGCGGUGGGCUACGUCAUCGGGUGCCCGGACGUGUUCGCCUUCGCGGACGGGUAUCAGCGGUACGUGGACGAGGUGCUCCUCAGGCCGGCCGCCGACGGCGAUGGCACGGUCUCUGGUGCGGCCGUGCCACCACCGCGGCAGCUCGAUCGCCUGGAGCCGUGGUUUGUGUCUGGAGGAGCGGGGGCUGCCGUGAAUGAGGAGUGCCUCAAGCAGUUGGCGCAUAGCCCGUUUUUGCUGCUCAUCGAGGAAGGCGAGGGCAGGGAGGGGCUUGUGAGGAAUUAUCGGGCGACUAUGCAUGUCGACCUGCUGGAAGGGUGGCAGGGCCAGGGCUGGGGGCGGAAAAUGAUCGAGGGGUUCGUGGCGAGCGUGAGGGAUGCUGUCCGGGAGGUCGGGGGUGGGUUGGAUGGUGGGAGGGGGGUGCAUAUUGGUGUGGCUUGGGAGAACAAGAAGGUCGUGCCGUUCUAUGAGAAGGUCGGGUUCAGGGUGUACGAGGGUGGCGGUCAGAGAGAGGGUGGGACUAUCUGGAUGGUUUAUGAGUUUGUGCAAUGA